AUGAGCACAUCUGAACCGGUUGAGCCGUCAGCCGCCACCGACCAGCAGAAGGACUUGCAAGAUGCCGGCAAGCGGAGAGAGAGCUUCAGCUCGCAAAACUCGCAAACCGCUAAAGAAUUCAUCGAAUCCCAAAUGCGUCUCGAGGCCGACGCCCGCGAGAUCCUACCAUACUCCUUUGAUUCUUGCACACAAGCUCUAGGACCCCUCCGACAGAUCCUGUUUGCCUGUCUCACAUGCAACCCUCCCUCCGAUAAGCCAGAUGCACUGCACACUUCCGCAGGCGUCUGCUAUUCCUGCUCUAUCGCCUGCCACGGCGAACAUACACUCGUCGAGCUAUUUAAUAAAAGAAACUUUGUCUGCGACUGUGGGACGACGCGCGUGUCAUCCGGCCUACCCUGUACGCUUCGGAAUGACCCUAAGACCGGUGCAAAGGGAGUUCGGUCCCAGGAGCCAGCGCCGGAGAACAAAUACAACCACAAUUUUCAGAACAGGUUCUGCGGCUGUGGCGAGGACUACAAUGCCUUCGAAGAAAAAGGAACAAUGUUUCAGUGUCUUGGGCUGGGUACGGUCGAGACCGGUGGCUGUGGUGAGGAUUGGUGGCAUCCGGAGUGCCUGAUCGGUUUACCAAGGAACUGGUAUAAGAAAGCAAAAGUUAAGACGGAGGAUGUCGAAGCCGCGAAGCAGAAUAAUGAGGCGGAUGACAAUGACGAUGAGGAUACGCCUCUGCCCCCGGGAUUCCCGGCUGAAGAUGACUUCGAAACAUUCUUGUGUUACAAGUGUGUCGAAUCAAAUCCGUGGUUGAAGCGAUACGCAGGAACUCCAGGGUUCCUUCCAGCAGUCUACAAGGAGGGCGGACUGUCAAAGGGCUCCGAAGAGCAGCACACAGGAGCAGAGCCUUCGAAUCCGUCUUCCGAUCCGUUGACCGACACCAAGAAACGCAAGGCGGAUGACGAUGACACAACAGAGGCAAAGGAGACAACCGAGCCAGCUGCAAAGCGGACAAAGUCAGAGAUCGAUGGCGAACAAAUCCCCACAGAAUCAAAGCCAGAGCCUACCCAGCCCGCACCCCCCAAACCCAAGCACGAUUCCCUGCCUAACCCACCCCCAUCCGGAACAUUUUCCCUCUUCCUCAAAGAAAACUUCCGCGAGCACUUCUGCCGCUGCCCAGAAUGUUACCCCAACCUUGCCAAGUACCCCCAACUCCGCGAAGAGGAGGAAACAUACGAGCCCCCUCUCUCGGAGGAUGGCGAAGCCAAUGGCGGAGGCAGCACCGGAACAGGCAGUCUCUACGACCGCGGUGAGGCAGCCCUGAGUAACAUCGACCGUGUCCGGGCUAUCGAGGGUGCGAUGGUGUACAACCACCUCCGUGAUAAAGUGAAGGAGUUCCUGAAGCCCUUUGCGGAGUCCGGGACGGCGGUCAGUGCGGAGGAUAUCAAGGCCUACUUUGAGAAGUUGCGUGGUGAUGAGAAGCCAAUCAAGGAUGCUGCUGCUGGUCAGGCCUCCGCUUCUUCCGGGAAUGGCGGUAACGAGAAGGACGAGGGAGGAGAUGGUCGGAAAGAACAAAGUGGUUACUGA